AUGAGGGACGACGACGAGGCGGCGUGGCUAUUGCUGCUUGCUAACAAGGUGGCCGUCAUCACAGGAGCCGCAAGCACAGUCGGCAAGGCGAUUGCCCAAAAAUUCUUCAACAACGGCGCCUCGGUCUUCCUCGCAGACAAGGAGCUGGACAAGUGCAGAAGCUUCGCAGAGCAACUGAUCAUCGAAAAGAACAAGGACCGGCCUAAUGAUAAAACCACGCAUCUCGACAUCUUCUACAACAACACCGAGUUCAACCACGUGUCUGCUCUGUUGAGCGACAGCAAAGCCUUCGAGAACACCAUGGCGGCCAACUUCCAGUCCGUCCUAGACAGCAUCAAUCUUGCCAGUGCUGUGAUGAAGAGCCAGAACCCGAAGGGAGGCUGCAUCCUCCUGAGGAGCAGCACCAUGGGCUUGCUCGGCGACCUGGUGCCGUCGGCGUACAGCAUCUCCCAGGCCGCAGCCAUCGGCGUGAUCCGGGCCAAGGCGGCGGAGCUGGCGGUGCACGGCGUGCGGGUGAAUGCUAUCUCGCAGCACGCCAACGUUCACAAGCGCGUGCUCAAGUCAAUCUUCCCCCACGCCGAGGAUGACCACCUUGAACAUAUGAUCAACAAGUACAUUAUGACCAAGAUGGCGACCGAAGAGGACGUGGCCGACGCGGCGGUGUACCUCGUACUUCGGAGUACGGUAAGAGCGUGA